AUGGAACAUUUAGAAGUGGAUUCAAAAAAAGUUUUUCCUAAAGCAAAGAAAAGGAGUAUCCCAAAAGUUACACAGGAACCUGAACCAAUGAUUCUGGCCCCUCCACCUACAGGAGAAUCAAUGCUAAAGCAUGCUAUUGCUAUUCCAUCUGAAAAUCCAGAUAAUGUUCUAGAUGAUGAACAGAUUGUUAGGCUAGUUACUAAACAUCUUACACAGAUUGCUUCUAAUUUAGAAAAAACUUAUGGAUUUGAUAUUGACCGUCGUUGGACAGAGAAAGCAGCAAAGUCAGAAGGAGAAGAAAGGACACUUACAGAAGCAGAGGAUAUGUCUUCAUUCUUGCGAUUAUGUUCAGCAUUUGCGAAACAGCUUGAAGAAGCAGUUAAAGAAGAACAACAGAUAUUGGAUUCUCUUUUUACGUGGUUUCAAGAAGAAGUCUAUCAUGUGGAAGAGUUAGUUAAAGAACAAAAUGCUUCAGACUGGGAAAUUCCUCUGCCAGACAAAACAGUAUCUUCAAGUAUUGCCCAAGUGAUAGAACGUUUGCAACGUCUUGAACAUUUAAGGGAUUGUCUCAGUAUAGUGCCAAUGGCUACCCGAAGAGCUGCAGCUGCAAAAAAUAUGCAGGAGAACCGAUCACAUACAAACCGAAUUUAUGAAGAAGUAAAGAAGAUGAUUGAAGAUUUUGCUGCAACUAAUGAAAAUGAUGAGUUCAUAGAACAUAUCAUGGACAUUGCAAAUAAAGUGUUUUUAUCAGAAAAUAAUGAAACAAAGGAUCUUCAGUUUCAAGAAAUGUUUAAAAUAUUUGAAAAACAGGCAAAUAAGUUGCAACGAAUGAUGACUGAACUAGAUAAUCUGGACUAUAAAUACAAGAUGAUUCAAUCUGAUUUAGAUAUGGUAACAGAGGACAGAAUGAUUUUUGAGAAUGAAUUACGAAGAAUGAAGGGUCCUGAAAAAAUAGAGCAAUUGCUACAGAGAGAAAGGAAACUGUCAGAUCCACAAGGCCUUAAAAGAUCAGAAAGAAGAUCAUCCAAAGACUUAAGUAAAACUGGAGAUCCAGAUAGCUAUGGGAAGAGACCUUCUAUUUCAAGUUCUGAGGCUCUUAAAUUGAAGGAAGACUUAUAUCAAGCUCAGAAAGUAGUAGCUUCUCUGGAAAAUGAGAACAAAUUUCUCCUGGAACAAUUGAAAGAGGCUUUACAGGAAGUUGAAAAAGCUAAGAAAGAUCUUGAAGCAGCACAGAUCCAGACCCGAAAAUCAAGUGACAAAGUGAAUGAUAAUUCAUCUCUUACAAAGGGCAAGAAGGGAAAAAAAGGGAAAAAAGAUAAAAAAGGAAAAACAAACUAAGGAGAAAUAUAACAGGAUGGAGAGACCUAAACAGUAGGAGAAAGAUCCUAAUAGGAUUUCUGAAAUACUUUGGAAAGUCUUCCAAACCUGCAGAGAAUGGAA